CUCUGGAGCAGCGCCACCCUUCUUCUUCCCUUCAUCGGAGCUCUGGUCGCCGACUCCUUUCUCUCCCGCUACCGCACCAUCGUCAUCUCCUCUCUCCUCUACGUCUUGGGCCUCGGCUUGCUAGCGUUCUCCACCAUGCUGCCGAAUCAGUCCGACUGCUCGGGAAAACUCGGCGAUGAAGUCAAAGGCCAUUCUUUUUGCACUCCCUCUACUUCCAAGGUGGCGUUAUUUUACUUCUCUAUAUAUCUCGUGGCGUUUGCAGAGGGCGGCCAUAGACCUUGCGUUCAAGCUUUUGGAGCUGAUCAGUUCGACGAGACGGAUAAAGAUGAGUGUUCGUGGCGGAGCUCUUUCUUCAAUUAUUGGAUCUUUGGAUUGGACUUCGCCCUCACUGCAUCUCCCAUCGCUCUCAGCUACGUGCAAGCUAACGUCGAUUGGGGCCUCGGUUUCGGAAUCCCAUGUCUUCUUCUUGCUUUUGCUCUCGCUGUUUUCUUGAUCGGUUCGAAGUUUUAUCGCUGCUAUACGUUGAAAGAGACGAGCCCUUAUGAUCGACUCAGGCAAACUUUUUCUCACUCUGUUCAAGAGAAAAAAUCCUUCUUCCCCGCCGCAGGGCUGCAGAGCCUCACAAAUCUCAUCAUAACCAUCCUCAUCAUCUUCUACGACCGCCUCGUCGUUCCUCUAACUCGAAACAUUACAAGAAUUCCUUCAGGCAUCACGAUGCUUCAACGCAUCGGCACCGGGCUCCUUCUCUCUGUUCUCGUCAUGGUGAUCUCAGCUUUGGUGGAGACGAAAAGGCUUGAAACCGCAAGAGAAUUCGGCCUUUUGGACGAGCUUCCCAUGAGCAUAUUGUGGCUGUUUCCUCAGUACAUUUUGUUGGGUGUUUCGGCAGUGUUCGCCACAGUUGGGCUGCAGGAGUUCUUUUAUGAUCAGGUGCCGGAUUCAUGGCGGAGCUUCGGGAUUGCGCUCUGUCUCAGCAUAUUUGGGAUGGGGAAUCUGAUUAACAGCUUUCUGGUUUAUGGGACGGAUAAGGUGACGAGAAAGAUUGGAGGGGAGAGCUGGUUUUGUGAUAAUUUAAAUGAGGCUCAUUUGGAUUAUUUCUACUGGUUUAUUGCUUGUCUGGAGCUCUGUUCCUUCCUUGCUUUUGUUUACUGCGCCAGAUGUUAUGUGUAUAAGAGGAGGAAGAUGGAGAUUUAAUGGUGUUUGAUUUGGGAUUGCAGGUUUUGUGGAUUGGUUAUGAUGAAUGAUUUGUAGGGGACGAUAACUUAAUGCUGUGGAUUCAAUUUGUUUUUCAGCAUUUUUUUUUUUUGAGGUUUUUCAAUA